CACACCCCUCCCCUUGCGUUUGCUCAGGGCCGAGGCCAGGUGAGGCCUCAGGGAAGGGGAGUGGCAGGCUCUGAUCAGAUGCCCUUGGAGCAGUCUCAAAACAGCUCAGCUGAGAGGGAGGGCCCGAGAGGACGGAGCGAGGCUAGUAGCUGAAGCAGCAGCAGCCCCAUGGCUGAGGAAAGCAAGCAGGGUGAGGCCCUGCCAGCUGACAAGAUCCUGGUCUUGGUGUGCAUCUACCUGGUGACUCUCUCCCUCAGCCUGCUGGGCAGUGGCUCCAUUCUGGCCGUGGCCGUCCGCCGAAGACAAUGCUGCUGUGACCAGCUCCGGCCUCUUGUCCUCCUCUCACUCGCGGACUUCCUGGGUGCUGCGGUGCUGAUCCCUACCAUGGCCCUCCACCUCCUUCCCAUCCAGCACUUUGGGGUGGCCCACAGCUUCUGCCUGUAUGGGCGGAUGUUUGGCAUGAUGUUCUAUGCCAUCUCUCUGCUGAUGGUGCUCGUCUACGCCUGUGAAGUGAACCGGGCAGUCAGAGGCUGGAGAGCGACUCAGGAGAACAGCUCCUGCUGCCCCAGGUUCCGGCUGGCUCUGCCCUAUACCCUGGCUUGGUUGCUCCCUUGCCUAGUAGUUCUGGCUCUGAUGGUCCUAAGCAGUGGGCCUCUGAGUAGCGAGGCUUUCCUCCAGCCUUUGUCCCAGGCAGGCACAGACUCCUCAGGGGCCUCCAACCUCUCCUGCUCCAGCUGCCUGAUUCUCAUCCACCUCUCCCACAACUCCUGCUAUAAGGCCCCCAGGCAGCCAGGCCCCCCUCUUGCCCCACAGCACUCGGGCAAGGAAAGCAGCAUCUUCUUCCUGGCGGUUGUGGCCUUGGUUGUGUCCGCUUGCGUGGUUCUCUACUGCAGGGUGAAGAGGUGGCAAUGCUGGGACCGCCAUGGGCUACGGAGUGAGGGUCUUGCUGGCAGAAACCAUGUCACCCGCAGCUUCCAGCUGGUCCUUGUGCUCUGCUGGAUGCCAGCUUGCCUCCUCGUGGUGCUAUCAUUCACCCGCCUGCAGCUCUCCACCCUUUUCCCUCUCUUGGUGGCCACGGCCCUGACUGCCCCCCUCCAGGGCUUCCUGCACAGCCUGGUCUAUGGCUGGUUGAGGGACAGCUUCCGCCAGGAGGUUGCGGGUGAGCGGCUCCCGCUAUAUUGCUCGCCGGACCUGAAGGCCUCCUUCGAUGACUCCUUGGCUGCAUCUGGGUAGCCCCAAAAGCCUUUCUGGGUCCAGGUGCGCACGAGAGGCAGCAAAUACUCCUUGAAUAAAACAGUAGAAUAAUAGAGCUGGAAGGGACCUCAGAGGUCUUCUACUCCAACUCCCCCCGAUUCAGCA